AUGUCGAGCAAACAAAGUUCAGCCAAUGAUGGACAUCCAGAUCAGCCAGGUUCAGAUUUUGUACCACAACCAUCACCUAAAGUGUACAGCACAAGUGAUCCAGCCCAAAAUGAAGUCAAAGGUUUUGAUUUCACUGAAAAAAGUAUACGUUUGGGUUUCAUCAGAAAAGUUUAUGCACUUCUUAUAAGUCAAUUGUUAUUGACAUUUGGAAUUGUUGCUUUUUUUUUCUUUCAUCCAGCAACAAAUUCAUAUGUGAACAAUAAUAGAUGGUUAAUUUUCGUAGCACUUGGUGUUAUAAUUGUUACUCUCAUUAGUAUUUCCUGUUGUUCAAAUAUCAGACGUAAAACACCAAUGAAUUAUAUUUUUCUAUUUAUCUUCACUGGUGCUUACGGUUUUUUUAUUGGUGUAAUAUCAUCACUAUAUUCUGGGGAUAAGAUACUUCUUGUUUUUGGAAUAACAAUUGUUCUUUGUUUUUGCUUGACUAUUUUCGCAUUCCAAACGAAAUGGGAUUUUACAGGAUUAAAUACUGUUUUAUUUGUUUGUUUAAUUGUACUUUUCAUUGCCUGCCCUCUUGCAAUAUAUUUUUCUUUAUAUACAUUGAUUGGUUGUGGGUCAUUAGGAGCAUUAUUGUCUUCGUUUGUUCUUAUUUUUGAUACACAAUUAAUGAUGAAUGGUAAACACAAGUAUUCAAUAUCACCAGAAGAGUAUGUGUUCGCAACACUCACUCUUUAUACUGAUGUUAUCAGUAUUUUCCUUUCUGUUCUCGGUGGUUCUCGUGGUUAA